AUGGCCAAAAGUAUAGUACAAGUGCUGAAGACUAUGGCAUCGGAGGGACGGACUGUCGUCUGUACUAUACAUCAGCCCUCGUCUCUAGUCUUUGAACUCUUCGACAGUUUAUUACUUAUGGCCGACGGAAGGGUAGCCUUCAUGGGGUCCAUCGGUGAAGCAAAAGAUUUCUUUUCAUCCCAAGGAUUAGAAAUAUGCGACAAUUUUCUUGAAAGGAGUGUACACACAAUUAACCCUGGAUAUAAUGUGGAUAAUAUGUCUGCAUUAAACUUGGCAACACUGGGGUCGGGCUAUAGGGCUGGGAUACUCUACUACGGACAGGGAUAUGACUACUCCAACGUCGAUAAUAUCAAAGGGGCUCUUAGUACAUUAAUAGGAGAAGAAGCCUUACUUUGUAGGGAACACCACAACCGUACGUACGCUUUGUUCCCAUAUAUAUUGGCGACCAUUAUUACACAGGUGUCCAAAUCGGUGAUUAUAUCGGUCGACGCGCUAUAA